AUGUACCUGCAACCAAAUUUCAAUAAUUACCAGCUCUCGGUCAUUGUUACGAGAGGUUCGCCCUCUCGGCCGCCCGCGUUCGCUAGGAAGCUGGGGCGCGUCCCGGACGCCCUGCCCGCCGUCCCAGCGCCGAGGCCGCGGUGUGAACGCUGUGGGCAGCCGCUCGCCCUGGUCGUGCAGGUGUACUGCCCUCUAGAAGGCUCCCCGUUUCACCGGCUCCUGCACGUGUUCGCUUGCGCCCGCCCUAGCUGCCGCAGCCGGGGGGCGCGCAGCUGGAAGGUGUUCCGCUCCCAGUGCCUGCAGGUGCCAGAGAGAGAGGCUCAGGACGCCCAGAAACAGGAACAUGGCCUUGCAGCUAAAGACUGGUGUGAAGGUGCAGAUGAUUGGGGAAGUGACAGCGAGGAGGUGCCACAGCCACAGCUUACAUUGGAUCUUAGAAACGAUCCCACCUAUGCCAGUGACAUAGAAUGGACUGCCCAGCUGCAAGACCUCCACUUGCAAGAUGCUGUCCUGGAUACUGCUAUUCCUGCACCUCCAGCUGACGAGGUGGCCUGGCCUACUGAUGUGCCGCAGUUCCUGCCCUACUACAUCUGUGUCGUAGAUGAAGAUGAUUACAGGGACUCUGUAAGCCUCGAUCACGCCCACAGCCUUCUGAGGGACUACCAACAGAGAGAAGGUGUCGAUAUGGAACAGUGGCUUUCCCAAAGUGAUGGUGAUGAAAAAUAUGAGAAGACCGUAAUUAAAAGUGGAGAUCAAAUAUUUUACAAAUUUAUGAAGAGAAUUGCUGCUUGUCAGGAGCAGAUUUUGAGGUAUUCCUGGAGUGGAGAGCCUCUCUUUCUGACCUGCCCUCCAUCAGAAGUCACUGAGCUUCCAGCCUGCAAUCACUGUGGAGGCCACAGGACAUUUGAGUUUCAGCUUAUGCCAGCACUGGUUAGCAUGCUCAGAAGUGCUAAUUUAGGCCUUUCUGUAGAAUUUGGAACAAUUCUAGUUUAUACAUGUGAGAAGAGUUGCUGGCCUCAAAAUCAUCAGACUCCUUUGGAAGAAUUUUGUAUUGUACAAGAAGAUCCAGAUGAAUUAUUAUUUAAGUAGAGGAUUUCCUUUUAUUUAUAUAAUUAAAAUGUAAUG